AUGGGUAAAGAUUAUCUAGGCAAAGAUCAGCGUGCUGUGCGUCCUGACGAUGAUAAGCCGGUUAAAGAGAUUGUUGCACUAGAUGACGGGGAUAUAGCACUGUUGAAAACGUACGGCAUUGGGCCCUACACAAAGGCUGUGAAGCAG